AUCAAACAUUGCUUGAUAAACAGCUAAGGACAUAAAUGUGUUUUAAAGACUGAGGUUAAAGAAAUAUCAAACAUUGCUUGUCAAAGAGCGAAGAACAUAAAAGUGUUUUAAAGAUUAAAUGGCAUUUUAAAUAUUUACACAAAACAAUAACUCGUGAAAGCUUAUCCGAGAUAAGACGUAUGAAAAUACAUCAAUACUAACCAUUGCUGAUCAUUUUCAUUGACGAAUCAAAUAUGACUGUCCGUAUCUGCGUUACAAUUUUGUGCCUCUCUUGUGUAAGCAGUGGUAUUUUGGAGCCAAGGUGUACGAGAUUUGAAUACGAUGAACAACUGCUAGAAAAAGCUAUUCGCAUGGAAAUAAGACUGGUAGAACUUGCAAAGACUGUGGAAAACCUACAGAUUGAAAACAAAAAUCUCAAAGAGUCUGUUGACAACAAUUCAGCGUCAUCUCUUGCUCUUCAAGACGGCUUGGAGAGAUUGAGGACAGUCUUCAACACAAAUACAGUGGACAUAUCACCUGUAAAACAUAAAGAUCCCCGUCCGGCCUUUUUAGCCAUCCUUUCAAACGAUAUACGGGCGACAACAGCAGGACAUACGAUUGUAUUUGACGAUGUUGUCACCAACAUCGGAUCAGCAUACAACGGCAAAACAGGCACGUUCACCGCCCCAAUAGAAGGCCUGUAUCUGUUUUCGGUCAAAAUCACCGGCUUUUAUAAAUCUACAGCUAGCAGUGGGACAACCGAUCAAUAUCAAUUGAAAUUGAACAACAAUUUGUAUCUACGACUUUAUACAAACGUGAACUCAGGGACGCACAGUUUUGAUUCUUCCAGUGUCGUUACCGUACUGGAGCUUGGAAAAGGCGACCGUGUUAAUGUUGACUGUCAGCAAUCAGAUAAGUAUGUUGAAGGCAGUAGCAGAAACACGUUCUUUUCCGGAUUUCUUAUUGAGUAA